AUGACAUAUGAUACCAAGAAUAGCCCAGUGCAACUUAGCCAACCUGAGAAACUAUUCAAAGAGCAAACCAAAAUGGAGGGCACUUCUAUACUCCAUUCUUUCACUAACAUUUAUUUUGCCAUUUUUGCUUUGUUUUGCUUCAAGCUUUUAAUUAAGAUUUCCUUGGCUUUGCUGACCCAUUUCUAUAUUGUUAAAGGCAACAGAAAAGAAGCUGCCAGGAUAGCAGAAGAGAUCUAUGGAAUAGUCCCAGGCAGCUGGGCAGACCGGUCCCCUCUCCACGAUGCUGCCUUCCAGGGACGCCUUCUCUCUCUGAAAACCUUGAUUGCACAGGGCUUCAACGUGAACCUGCUGACCACAGACCGUGUGUCAGCUCUCCACGAGGCCUGCCUGGGUGGGCACGUGGCCUGUGCCAAGGUGCUGCUGGAAAAUGGUGCCCAGGUGAAUGCAGCCACCAUCGACGGGGUGACUCCGCUGUUCAACGCCUGCUGCAGUGGCAGCGCAGCCUGUGUCAGCAUGCUGCUGGAAUCCGGAGCCAAGGCACAGCUGGGGACACACCUGCCCUCACCCAUCCACGAAGCAGUCAAGAGAGGUCACAGGGAGUGCAUGGAGACCCUCCUGGCCCAUGAGGUUGACAUUGAUGAAGAAGACCCACAGCAUGGGAGCCUUCUCUACAUGGCCUGCACCUACCAGAGAACAGAAUGUGUCAAGAAGCUUUUGGAGCUAGGAGCCAACGUGAACAUGGGGAAGCGACUGGACACCCCCCUGCACGCGGCAGCGAGGAAAUCCAGCGUGGAGAUAGUUGUCCUGCUGACAGACUAUGGUGCUGACCCAAAAUGCAGAAAUGCUGACCUCAAAUGUGCCCUGGAUCUUGCCACACCUCACAGCAGAGUGGAGCAGGCGCUUCUGCUUCGGGAAGGUCCUGCCAGCCUGGCCCAGCUGUGCAGGUUGUGUAUCAGGAGGCACCUGGGCCGCUCGUGCCUCUGCUCAGUCCCCAAGCUGCACCUGCCUGAGCCCCUGGAGAACUUCCUCCUGCACCGAUAA